UCUUCAUUCUUCACCAUCGUCUGUUUCUUCGGCUUCUGCUGCUCUCGCUCGCGAACCUGCAGCCGAGGAACCGCCCUCCAUCCAUCCACUUUCGCUUCCUCCCUCGCUCGCUCGCUAUUUUUUUUUUUCCCUCGUUACCCGACUAGAUGCACUCGUAAGCAAAUCCGCAUCUCACCCUCACGCAAAUCGAACCGGAACCGAAUCGCAUCGCAUUGCAUUGCAUCGCACGACAGCCUUUUUACUCGACUUCGCGCUCGCUACUGCGCCAUCCUUCGUUGGAUUCUUAUGCUUGGGUUGACGCACCGACCAACUGUUGUUUUUAACUCGUAAAACCUGGCGUCGGUAUCAUGAGAUCAUUCUUUCGGCCGGGCGCCAUAGCCGCCCUUCUCUCUGUGGCAGAUAUGGCCGUCGCACAGCAGAGCCCAUUCUCUAUUUCCUCGACCAGCGACAUUAAGAAAACAGCAAGCACUGUCGCGUGGGAUAUGCUGCAGUACUACCACGGAAACGAAUCUGGCCAGACCCCAGGUAUUCUCCCCGGACCACCUCCUGCUGGUGAUUACUACUGGUGGGAAGGCGGUGCCAUGUGGGGGACACUGAUCGAUUACUGGUAUUUGACCAACGACACCACUUACAACGACCUCGUCAUGCAGGCCAUUCAGUGGCAGACGGGCCCCAACGACGACUUCCAGCCCCCCAACGUUACUCUCUCGCUGGGUAACGACGACCAAGGUUUCUGGGGCAUGACGGCUAUGCUGGCCGCCGAGGAAAAGUUCCCAGACCCUCCCGCUGAUAGGCCCGGUUGGCUGGCCCUGGCCCAGGGAGUCUUCAACACCCAGGCCAGUCCCGAUCGCCACGAUGGCACCUGCGGCGGUGGUAUCCGUUGGCAGAUCCCGCCGACCAAUCCCGGAUACAGCUACAAGAACAGUAUUGCCAAUGGUUGUUUCUUCAAUUUGGGAGCGCGCCUGGCCCGCUACACCGGCAACAAGACGUAUUCCGACUGGGCUGACAACACGUGGGACUGGAUGACCAAGAUAGGAUUCUUGGACAACGAUACUUAUGCCAUCUACGACGGCGCAGACGUGUCAAACAACUGCACUGAAAUCAACAAGGCCGAAUUUUCGUACAACAGCGCAGUAUGGGUUCUUGGCACAGCAUACAUGUACAACCACACCGAAAGCGAUGUAUGGAAGACGAGACUGGAGAAGCUGGUCGACCACGGCCUCGAGACCUUUUUCCCCAAGGGCAUCGCAUACGAGCCGUCUUGCGAGAGCGUCAACACUUGCAGUACCGACAUGGUGUCCUUCAAGGGCUACAUCCACCGAUGGUAUGCCACCACGACACAGCUGGCCCCCUUCUUGGCUCCCAAAAUUCUGCCUGUGCUCAAGACAUCGGCGCAGGCGGCCAUCAAGCAAUGUACCGGCGGUGCCCUGGGGCGCCAGUGCGGACUUAAAUGGAACACGGGUCAAUACGAUGGUCGAACCGGAGCAGGCCAAGAAAUGAACGUUGUGGGCGCCGUGUCAUCGCUCCUCAUCGGUACGGCGCACGUCCCCGUCACCAACGACACGGGUGGUACGUCCAAGGGAAAUCCCAACGCCGGCAGCAACCCGAACAGUUUCCUGAGGCCGGUGACGCCCGUGACGGCGGGCGACAAGGCCGGAGCGGGCAUCGUCACAGUCAUCAUCAUCGGGUCUCUAUGUACAGGACUCGCCUGGAUGAGUCUCGGCCCUUGAAGUGGCUUGUACGUUGUCCGCAUGGGCAUUUCGUUUCUUUUCAACAAAACAAAAUUUGGAAAACUUCUGACGGGUCUGUCAUGGCCAAUGCCUGGCUGGACUCAUUGUAUGGUGUUUGGGUUGGCUAUUCAGGGGGGCGGACUGGUAGCACUUUUACGACUUUUGCUAUUCGGCGUUGGGAUGUACGUUUACUGGGAUCAUCUAGCAUUUCUCUUUUUUUAUGCGUUUUUCCUUUUUUCUUCUUCUACUACCACUCCUCUUUGUGAUGGAGGA